CUCGAGGACGCGAUCACAUGCAAUUGCCAAACCUGGCGUCAGCAUCAAAUUCCCCUCGAGACCAUGGCCUCCCAGAGCGCGUUCCUCGCUUCUUUAUCUCCUACCACGACACUCCUUCUGCAGCCGACCUCUCCUCGAGCAGCCGUAGCACCACCGGUCACCGACGCGGCCUGAGCUAGCGUCCCGCGUGAUUGAUACGGCAGGCAGCAUCGACUGCCUAUCACAGUAACUUCCCUGCACCUACCCUCAGAUCUCACUUUGCAUCUCUUCCGAUGAGUCCUGGCGCUGGCCAUUCCCGGAUCCCUCAAGACGAUUCAUCAUAUUCCCGCCCCGGGUCCCCCUCCACGCUCGCACACAGCACCCACAACCACCAACACUCCCUCCUACCCCUCCUGCCCUCCCACCGCGACCGCAUGUGGUCCGAAGAUAAGAACAACAAGCUCGACGGCACCAUGAACAAUGAGCCCAAGCCGCACGACUUCAGCUCCUACCCAGCCGCCGAUCCAGGCAACCCUGGUAUGCACCAGCGCACCGAGACGAGCGAUACCCUCCGCCAGGACCACAGGCGGAGCGCAAGCUGGGACAUCCUCGGCGGCAUCCGCAGACUGGAGCACUCGUACGUCGAGUUUGACCCGCGGCGGGCUAGCCAGGCGCAUCUUGUCUAUGCUGAGGGUGAUAUGCCGAAGAAUGCGUUCGUCAAAUUUUACAACUACCUGCUCAAUGUGUCGAUCAUCACUCGAUGGUUUCUCUACAUUAUCCCCGUCCUUGGCAUGCUCUGGAUCCCGGGCAUCUUGAGCUUCACUGCCUACCCGAACGCGACCGUCUGGGGUGUCCGCCUCCUCUGGUGGAGCAUCUGGCUGUCCGUCGUCUGGCUCGGCUGGUGGGGCGCGCGGGCGGUCACGCUGGUGCUGCCGCACAUCGCACGGCACACGAUCGGCGUCGUCGCGGUCGGCGCGCGACGGUAUAUUGACUGGUUGCAGCCGCUCGGGCGGUACAUUGCGCUCUUCCUGUGGUCGCUCGGGGUGUGGGUGUCGUUCAACCCGCUGAUCAGCACACGCAAGCAGCCGACCGCGACGUCGGGCGACGCGUCGGCGCUGAGCACGGUGGCGAAGAUCUUCUUCGCGAUCCUCGAGAGCACGCUGAUCCUCCUCGCCGAGAAGGUCGCCAUCCAGUGGAUCGCGAGCAAGUUCCACGAACGCUCGUACGCGGAGCGCGUCGCGCAGCAGAAGUUCGCCGUCCGCGUGCUCGGCGACGGGCCGCCUCGCAAGCGCGGCCGGCUCAUCAAGCGCGCGCUCCAUGGCGUGAAGGUCGCUGCGACGACGACGACUACGGCGUUGGGCAACGUGGCGAGCGAGAUCGCGGGCAGCUCCGUGCUGCAGCCGAACUCGCCGCAGGCGGUCGUGAAGACGGCGAUCGAGAGCGCGAACAAGUCGAGGAUGACGCUGUUCUAUUCGUUCGUGAAGCCGGGCGCGCACUCGCUCACUGACGCGGAUAUGGCGUUUGCGCUGGAAUGUCACCGGGAACAAUUGUCCAUUGAGCAUUCGAUGCGCGAUCUAGACAGUGCCGUCGGGCGGUUGGACAAUAUCUUGAUGACCGUGUAUCUCUUCAUCGUCGUUCUGCUGCUUGCCGUUGCAUUCGAGGCGCAAUUGCUGACGCUCGCUACGACCACCGGGACGUUCAUCCUCAGUUUGAGUUGGCUCGUGGGCAGCUCGUUCGUCGAGACGCUCACCUCGAUCAUCUUCCUGUUCGUCAAGCACCCGUACGACGUCGGCGAUCGUAUCUCAGUAGAUACGAUUGAGUACACCGUGAAGGAGAUUAGGCUCCUGAGCACGGUGAUGAUCGACAACGGAGGCACUUGCGUACAGGCGCCGCACUCCGUGCUGAACACCAAGUUCAUCUUGAACAUGCGGAGGAGCUCGCAGAUGUCGGAGACGUUCACGUUCGACGUGGCGUACGCGACGACGUUCGAACAGAUCGAGAGCUGCUCCGAGCGGCGCGACUUCCAGCCGAGCUUCGACGUCUCCAUCGUCGACUUCGCCGACCAGGACAUGAUGACGCUCACCGCGGACAUCAGGUACAAGAGCAACUGGCAGCAGGGCGCACUGAAGGUGACCCGUCGCAACAAGUGGAUCACCGCACUCAAGACCGCCCUCGCACAGGCGGAGGUGUACGGCCCCAAGGGCCCGCCGGACCCCCCGCCGCCAGUCGAGCGCGUCACGCUGGUGCCCUGGGAGAAGAUCGACGAGGAGGACCAGAAGGCGAAGGAGGAGGCAGAGGCGAAGGAGCGUGCGGAGGGCAAGCGCAGCGAGGCGGACGUGGGCACGAAGCCGAUGCCGCAGGAGAUGGCGGCGAUGCAGGCGCCGCAGCAGUGGACGCUGUCGGAUCACGACGCGAUCAUCAUGGACGACUCGAGGGAUGUUUUCGACCAAGAUACCAUGGUUGGUUCCUUCUCAAGUAGAGCACCGUCGCCCCGCCAGAGGCCGACCGUGAUGCCCACAGCGCAAAACUCGCCUGCAGAGGAGAUAGAGCUGCAGACGACACAAAAUAGACCUGCGCAAUCGCGCAGCCAGUCGGCGAAGUGAUACCGAACUCUCUUGCAUAGAUCUGAACGAAGAUGUAUUGGUGCUCUAUCUCUUGCCAGCAUGUUGUACCAGUUAAUUGGGUCGCCGCACUCGCUGAACACAGCUUGUUAUAUCGCAUAGCAGUAUAUCGUUCUUGUCUACCACUCAUACACGUCCCUCAAUGACUCAAAUGAACUCGACACGGGCAGUCUGUUGGCGUCCGUUCCCCAGCCCCACUGACGCACGCCGACGCAAGCAGUCGUUGUUGACGGUACUAUCUGCAUCGCUACACCCUUAGCAUAGCCGAAGAUACCGGAUGUACCACAAGUUCGUUUUCCUCAUGAGAGCUCAGUACUCUCUUCCUUGUCUGACGAGUGAGGAUCCAAAGAGCUACCGUUGAGCGCUACUUAGCCACGCCGAAGGUCGGAGGCGUCUAACGGAAACACGAUCACAUGUUAU